AUGGCUGUAACAGUUGAAACAGGAAGAGCGAUCGUGAUAUUGGCAAAUACUUUAUCAUCUAUUUCUGCAUUAAUUUUGAUUGGUGCAAGUAUUUAUGGAAUGAUUGCAACUGAUGUACAUUUUGCUUCUUACGCAAUACCUCUUGCAUCCUUUAUUCUUGGAUUGUUUGUUCUUUUGAUUUCUAUGAUUGGAUGUUGUGGUGCUGUUAUUGAACACAAACAAGUUUUAAUUGCUUACUUUAUAACUCUUACAGUUCUAAUAAUAGCUCAAGUCAGCAUUGCAAUCAUUAUGUUUUCUAAUGCUAGAAAUGUGGAGAAUAUUCUUGAUAGAGCAUGGGAUAAAGCGUACGUAGAUCAACCAGGUCUUAUACGUGAUAUUGAACAUAAGUAUUUCUGUUGUGGAUUUAGAAAUACAACAGAUCGUGCAAUUCCUAAAUCAUCGCCUGACGCAUGUGAAAAAAAUCCAUGGUUUGGUUAUGAUCAAUCUUGUUUGGCUAGUCUGACUAAUGUUUAUAGAAGUAAUCAAACGGCCUUGGGUAUUUUAGGAUUGAUUUUGGCAAUCGUUCAGGUGCUUGCACUUCUUGCUUCAUUUAUUUUACUCAAAAGCUUGCCAAAUCAUCCUCCAACCGAUCAAGAUUACAGAAAUGAAUAUGAAGGACUUGUUAGAUCUGCUCAUAUCAGAGAUCCGGAGCGUCAACCAUCUAAAUCUACAAACACUGGUCGCUCAAAAUUUUAUGGCAGUACUUAA